UGUUUUACACUUCUUGUAGGAGAGGCCCUGAUACUGACGUCACAUCCGUUUUCGAGCACAGCUGCACGCAGCUGCCUCCUGCAGUUUUUUCUCUCUUGUCAGCUCUCCGGCUCCUUGUUUGCAGCGUUAGCCGGUGGGCUUGAUUAUCGGUUGGUGUGCUCCUCCUGCACCCCUUCUGCCAGGCUCUUGCGUAGGAUGUCUGGGUCAGCGGCCGGAGCAACGGCGGCAACGGGUGGCUGCAGUGUCGGUGGAGCUGGGCUUGCAGGACGCUUACCCAGCCGCAUUUUGGAACUUAUUUUUUCAUAUCUGGAGCUCCGGGACCUGCUUCGCUGCGCUUUGGUCUGCAGACACUGGAAUCGCUGCCUUAGUGCCGAUGAGAACAGCGAGGUGUGGCGUAGCCUCUGUGUGCGAAGCUUAGGAGAAGAAGCGCUUCGAUCGGACAUACUCUGCAAUUUACCUACGUACAAGGCAAAGCUGUGCUCUUUUCAACAUGCUCUGAGCUCCAGUGACUGUUCCCGCAAUGUGUAUGUUAAGAAAAAUGGCUUUACGUUGCACAGGAACCCCAUUGCUCAGAGCACAGAUGGUGCCCGGGGUAAAAUUGGCUUCACAGAAGGUCGCCAUGCUUGGGAGAUCUGGUGGGAGGGACCUUUGGGAACUGUAGCAGUCAUUGGAAUUGCAACUAAGAGAGCGCCAAUGCAGUGCCAAGGCUAUGUGGCCCUUUUGGGCAGCGAUGACCAGAGCUGGGGCUGGAACCUGGUUGACAACAAUUUGCUUCAUAAUGGAGAGGUCAACGGCAAUUUUCCACAAUGCAACAAUGCUCCCAAAUACCAGAUUGGAGAAAGAAUACGGGUCAUUCUGGACAUGGAAGACAAGACGUUAGCAUUUGAACGUGGCUACGAGUUCUUGGGCAUUGCAUUCCGAGGAUUGCCAAAAACCUGCUUGUAUCCAGCUGUGUCGGCAGUGUAUGGCAAUACAGAAGUGACAAUGGUCUACUUGGGAAAACCCCUGGAUGGGUGACCUCCAAUUUGAUGUAGUGUAAGAAGGAACGUGCCAUGGAGUGUGCAGAGCCUCACAAGGAGAUAGGCCAAAAAUAGAGGGAUACAAUACUUUACCCAGAGUCGACAAUGAGCUGCUGUUUUAAUUUGUGAUCAGAUUAUGGCUGGGCUGUUUCAAGUGAUGUUACAUUAGAUCUUCAUCAUGUCCAUCACUGAGGAAAUAUUGCUCUCUCUACCAGAUUUUUUUAAGGUUUCUUAAACUGUAUAUUGCAGAGCUUAGCUUAAGCUCUUUUAUAAUGAGUUCUGUGAUUUUGUUAGGGUUUUGUUACUUGCAGGCUUUUAAACACAUACAGUACAUUAUGUUUCUGGCUUGCUUUUUUGGAAUUUGAUAAAAUCCAUAGUUGGCAAAAACUGCCAACAUUGACUGGCCUCAUGGACACACAGUGAACUGUAAAUCUGUGAAAACAAGAGGGAAUGGUGAUACCUUAAAAUUGUAUGGAAGACGCAGUGGGCUGCAGCUUAUCAAGAAAGCCGGGAAAUUGUGCAAUGUACUGUUAGGAUGAAAGUCUGCAUCAUGUUAAUCGCAGCCUUGUGUCAAGGAGCCAUUCUAGACCUUGCCUUGCUUUCCGUAUUUGCUUUUCUUGGAAAUUCAUUUGCUCUUCACAGAGGUCCUUACUUUCGUGGCACUCCCUAGUUCUCUGGGUAGAUAACAACAGGAAGUCUGUGUUCUUGUCGGUGGAGACUUCCAGUACAUUUUUCUCAAACUCAGAUAUUCAGUCCUGAAAAUUCUUCAUUUGUACGAAACGGAAAUGUACCCCAGUGCUCAUUCAUGUCAGAGAGGUUUUGCUUCCUUUAUCCUUACUGCUUACAUUGGUGGGGAAUAUGUUACAAAAUGGUCAGGACCAAAAUAUCCUGCUAUGUAGGUUUUAACUUGUUUUUUUUAACUAUAAUUUUUUUUAAAAAUUGUAUUUGUUUAAAUUGUGCUGAUUCUAGACUUAUUGAAAGCCUGUCAGGCCAAAGUUUCUGUUUAGAAAGAGCUUGGACAUGUGUGAGCUGCUUUCAAGUUCUUUUUUUUUUUUAAGGAGAGAUAACUGUCUAUGAUGAAAUGGUUUUUAAUGCCCAGUUGGUUGUGCCAAAAACCUGUGAACCAGCAGGUAUUUUACUGAGGCGCACUCAUGCCGUGAACAGCACUGAUCUUCACUUGCAUGUCUGUCUGAAAUUCUUGCUGAAUGUGGAGGUCAGAGUUCCACAAUGGUAUGUGUUUUUGUUUUUACCUGAUAACCACCUUUUCAGUUUUUAAAAAUUAAACUCGAAUCAUUUUCACUUGUUAUAAA